AUGGCCGACGAGAACCGCAGCCUCCGUUCCGUCUACAACGACGCAGAGAAGAAGCGCAGCACGAUCGAGUCCAGCUUCGACAGCAAUGCAGCAAGCUUCCAGGACAGCGUGACAGCAGCAAUCCAGCUCUACGAAGAAUGCCUCAACAUCGCCAGUCAAAUCUCACUCUUCAGUCCCAACGAGUCACUAGAAGAUAUCGCGACCGGCGAUCUCCAGUAUCUCCUCCUCAACUAUCGCAUCGCGGAGCUCAUUCUUCGCCUCAACGAUCGCGACCACCGCAAAGCGAACCUCCGUCGCGCCCAGGACCAGUACGAGCGAUACCUCAAACGUCUCGACAAUUACGCGCUUCUCACCAAGGACGAUUUCAAGCUGCUCGAGCAGUAUCAGGAGACUCCCGACACCUUCUCUACGGCUUCGGCCACAGAUGCUGCAGCUCGGCGCGACACCAAGAUCAAACGCUUCAAGGAGGAGAAGGCUUUGAAAGAGAAGCUGGCACACAUUCGCCAGAACCCGAGGAUCUUGGAAGAGGACGACGAUAAAGCGCGAGACUUGCAUUGCACAAACAUUGCAUACUGCACACAUCAGACUUUCGCUUCCCUGGAAUCGAUAGCGCAGGAACUACACAUCCUCUCUCUCGCGCCCCCAAACCCGCCACCUGAUCAACGUAGUCAAACCUCCUCUGACAACCGCGAUCGAAACCGUAUAGGAGACGGUUACUCUGAACGUCUCGAUGGCCCAAAACAUUUGUCUGCAGGAAUGAAAGGCCCUCUCCUCGACGCCAAAGGGAAACCACUUCGACCUUUCACCCUGCUCCCUCGACAAGAACUGAAGCAGGGUGUCUUCAGGCCCGAUCAUAGUUUGCCGACGAUGAGCAUCGAUGAGUAUCUUGCGGAGGAGAAGAAGAGAGGUGGCAUGAUCGAGGGUGGUGGAGAGGCGAGCAGGCAGACAGCACAGGUUGAUGAGGACGAUUAUGAAGAGGCGGAUAAGGCCACCAUGAAAGCCAGAGAGUGGGAUGAGUAUGUGGAGGCGAAUCCUAAGGGAAGCGGAAAUACCAUAAAUCGUGGUUGA